AUGACGCAGCCGCCGCCUCAACCGCAUCUUACGCCACAAUUCUGUUUCUCGACAGGAACCCUGCGAGAUUUUCUCAGGUUAUCCCGCGCCAGCAUCGACGACUCCAUAGCCCAGAACCUCAAUGCGCUGGUGACACCCGCACGCGCCGGGUUCGACCCCGCGUCGACAGCACAGCGAGCGCCACGCUCGUUUCCGCGGCAGAUAGAUCCCCAGGCAUGCCAGAACUUCAAGGACAAGGCGCUGUUCCCGACGUGGCAUUCCCGCGCAGAGGUCCUACACUACUGUGGAGUCGUCGCGACGAGUCCUGACCCCGACGAUCCGGAGGCGCUGCUACGACAGAUAGAGCAGGCCAAAGACAAGGAGCGGGUGGUUGAUGAGCGUCUAGACCCCUACUCGGGGAGGUUCUUCCCACGCGAGCCGCGGACGGAGCAGCUCGCGAUGCUCAUACGGCAAGAGAAGGGCAUCGAAAACAUUGUCCGGACGCGGACCUGGGGCAUGGUAAAGCAGAGAUGCGGCGAGUCUGCAGACACGUGGGAGGAAGCUCUAGAAGGUUGGCGACAAAGGACGGGCGUGAAGGGGGAUGGCCGAUGA